CGCUGCAGUGCAGUAAAGUUUAGUUGGAGUUAGCGCCCGUGUGUGUCUUAUGUUUCCUCCCGUGGUUGUUGUUUUCGCGCUGUGUGUUUCCUGUGUAGCAGGGCUUACAGCGAAAAUACAGCGCGAUAACUUUGCCAAUGAAAUACCAAAACAUUACCAAAACAUUUUCGGUAAAAAUUCGCGGUACUUUUUUUGAGGGCCGAGCAGGUCCACAGGAUCAUUUUGCAUCGAAUUGCCCAGAAGCCACUCAAGGCCUGAAGAACUGGAACACUCUAAGGGUGCUGCAUUUCCAAAACUGCUAAGGCGCCGCCCGAUAUUGAUAAAUAAAAUACUUAAAAAACCAAAGGCCCUGCUCAUGUGGUUCGACAUUUUGUGUAAAACGCAGGGUAAAAGAAAAAUGCGGCUUCAAUUCAUGUGGAGGAAUUAUUAUAGUCCAAUAAUUCCAGGUUACAAUUUAUCCGCUGAGCUUCGAGUUUGGGGAGUUUUGUUAUCCGCGCCUAUGAAGAUGAUGAUGAUGAUGAUUGCAUUUUUCGUGUUAUCUGGUGCAUACGCAGACAAAGAAGCAAAGAAUUUAAUAGGUACAUUUCAAUAUUAAAUGCAGAAACCUUUGAAGGGAAGCGAGUGGGAGAAAUGCUCCCAACAGUUCCCCCUUGUGGCUAUCUCCAAGGGUUCCCGAAAAAUGCUGAUUUUGAGUCGGGGGAAUCGCUACGUGAAUUUCCAAAAAAAUCAGAAAACUGCACAGAGUGAUCCUGCAUCGGAAACAACAAUGAGGUCAUCAACGAACAAGCAAGCUUUAAACAGUGCCCCUCAUGCAUUGCUACCUGUUGAGGUCACUUUUAGGAAAAAGCUGCCUCUUAAUAUGUAACGCGCUUUAUUUUAUUUAUUUAUCUUGCGCACUGGUAUUCGUUGAUGUUGCAAUAAGUACAGGACAGCUUCUAUUUCCAUCUUCCUCCACUCAGAGUACUCAUGCUGGUGCGCGGGCAAGAGCUCACCAGACAUAAGCUCACCGGGGCAGGACAAAAGCUCACCAGAGAGACUGACCAAGGUUAGUUCAGGAGAGCCCUUUACGUAUUUCACACAUUGGUGCGGCGAGUUUUUGUCUGCUCCCGGGUGAGCUUUUGUCCUGGAACCACUCAUGCUCGCGAAUACCACCUUGAAACACAGGUACGACGGCAAAAGAGUCAUCCUUGACACAUGUGGCCUCCUACAAGGCUGCUGUGAUUCCCACGGGACCUGGGACUGGGGAGGGGUGUACGGGGGCUUCAAGCAAGAUGAAGCAUUCAACAGGCCAUCUCACUUGACCACACCGGUCUCCUCCUCCCCAAUGGGGAUUUCGUGUCCUUUCACUCCCUGCCCUGUGAGCACCAUGUGCGUGAACGAGUCGUGAAGCAAUGGGGAGCAGGACGGUGCCCCCCUCGAAAGCCCGUAAGCGGACAAAAAAGGCCAAGAGUGCUGCGCUGCGUGAGAAGCGGAAGCACCAGGAGGCAACCGAAAGCGCAGUUCGUCAGCAGAGUGAUGACAGCUGCCAAGUACCAGAAGUCAUCAUAGGAACAGCCUUCAUGUCACCUGAUGACGCACCAGAUAGCAGUGGCAGUAGAGCUGCUAGUGAAGCAUGUCACAGCCUGCAGCGUCCUGCUGCGUCUACUUCGUUCAGCACAGAUGAGCCUGCACCAUGCGGCGAUUAUCCAGACCUGGCAACAAGGAGGACAGCCACUGUGCAGAGCGCGGGGCCUGAAAGCCGGGCACACUUUGAAGCAGACCAGUUCGAGUCCAAAAGGCAAGAUGGAUGGCGGAAACUAAAACCAAAUGCUGUGCCGACGAUAUUCAGACAAAUGGGCAGCAAGAAAAGGCCGCCUUCCAAAGCACGCAAGAGAACAAAAGUGGCCAAGAGCGCCAUGAUGCGACAUCAACUGCGGCGUCAGGCGGAUGCUUUGGCUCGUCAACAAGACGAUGACGUCCGGCAAGUACUUGUCGAAGCAAUGCUUAUCGAAGCGCCCUCCACAUCAUCAUGCACCUCACAAUUUGCCACAGAUACAUCCAUGGCUUCAGUUUAUCCCCUCAACAUCAAGCAGGAACCAGAAAAUUGUAGCCUUUCCUGCUCACCAAGGAACGUAGCAGAAAAUGAGGAAUUCAUCUCUCCCGAUCCUCCAGAAACAGCAGCCCAUUCCAUCAACAUCAAGCAAGAGCCUCAAGAUGAAUUUCCCAGUUCACCCACAAACUACGAAGAGACUUCGGAGUACUGCGUUGAAACACCGGAAGUCACCAUAUAUGAUGGUGUCAACAUUAAAGAAGAACUUGUGGAUUUCUGUGAGCCAUCAGCAUCUUCCCAGUGCAGCACCGUUGGUUCAGGGGUUUUCGUUGAUCAUAAGCCCAUGGUCACUUCUGGCAACCUGCUUACAGCAGUCACGUCGGACCAUUGUCACGGAUCAUCCAUGCAGUUACUGGAACAUAACGAAGAGGCUAAAGCACUCGGAGAACCCAGCCACCAUGUGAACUAUAAGGAGCAAGAACAGGAACAAGCCUUCCAGUACGGCACACAUCCCGCUACGUCUCACGACAUCUCCCUUUUAAAAGAUCGCCACCUCAACGUGCACAACACCGAGGUAUUCAGGUGCGACAUCUGCGAUGCAGUAUGUUACGACCCAUUUUCCCUGAGAGAACACAUCAAGCUCCACACAGGAGGAGGAUCGCGCAACUGCGAGACGUCCCCUUCGAUGUUCGCGGAGAAGGCCAGUCCGAUGAGUCGCUUGCACGCCCAUAAUGGUGGCGAAGGGCCGCGCACGUCUUCGUCCGAAUCAUCCCACAGGUGUCACCAGUGUCCCGCCGCAUUCCGGGACCUCCACAGCCUCGGGAAGCACAUGCGAGCUCACGUGGGCAAGCCGUACAAGUGUGAACAGUGUCCGGCUUCCUGCGACGACCCGCGCACCCUCUUGCACCACAUGAAGGCGCACGGCGAGGUAAAGCCGUACAGGUGCGUGCUCUGCCCGGCCUCGUUUGCCGCACUGAGCAACCUCAAACGCCACAUGAGCAGCGUGCACACCAAGGAGAGGCCGUACCACUGCGAGCUGUGCCCCGCCACCUUCGCGGAGCGCAGCAUGCUCAGGCGGCACCAGUUGACGCACACGGGGGAGAAGAACUUCCAGUGCGAGCUCUGUCCCGCCAGUUUCGCCGAGGCUCACAAACUCAAGCGUCACAUGAUGACGCACACCGGCGAAAGGCCGUACAAGUGCCAGCGGUGCCCGGCCGCGUUCUCCCAGCACUGCCACCUCAAGAACCACGCGUGCGCGCAGGAGGGCGGCAAGCCGUACAAGUGCACCGUGUGUCCUGCCACGUUCAACGUGCUUCGCAACCUCGAAGCCCAUAUGCGCAUACACAACGGUGCGGAGCUGCACAAGUGCGAGCUGUGUCCUGCGAAAUUCGCUUAUCUCCACUACUUGCACUGGCACAUGCAUUCCCACGGGGACAAAAAGACCUUCAAGUGUUCGUCGUGUCCUGCUGCGUUCAAGCACUACACCAACCUCGAACGUCACGUGCGGAAUCACGCGUGCGAAAGGACGGACGAGUGUGCGGUUUCCGCUCCUACGUUGACUGAGCCACAAGCACUCGAGUGUCACGUGAAAACUGACACGGAUGAAGGAAAAUUGGGCUAGAUCCCCCUCUCUUUUUGAGGCCCGUGACAGUAUGUGCCGCAUUGAGCAGUUAUCACUGGGGGUAUACUGGGGGAUUGCAAUGUGCUGCACUAGUACCCAGGGUGUCUACCAACCUGGAAAACCUGGAAUUGUCUCGGAAUUUUGAUGCAACUGGAACAUUAGGGGGACCUCCUGGGAAGUUUUCAAAAAGCACCUGAAUUCAGGGGGAAAAUUGCAGACAGGUGUCGUUACGAUAUACAGCUAAUGGCUGGUCAGCAUGGUUGAGAGGAGGGCUCCAGAGUGAACCGAAAACAGGAAAAAAAAAAAAAAAGAGAAGAAGAAAAACAAGAUGUUAUUUUUGGCAAGCCAAAGUGGAACAGAAACGUAAACUAUUUUUCUGUUCUGGAGGGAUACAGCAAAAAGUUUUCGGUGUUUGGUUCAAGCGCAAAAUUGAAUUAUGUACUACUUUGACCUCGAGAGCAUGUAACACAGGAGCUCAAGUGCACAGUACAUGGCAUCCAUCGGUGUUUAGGUGGCAAUUCAUCCUCUCAGAUCAAAGGUCUAAUCUCUACGCGAAAAUAGUGGACACUGUACAUUGUAGCUACUUGUGCACAAACCUCACAUCACAAUCAAUGUACCAGAGUACAAGACAGUAGAGCAUUGCACAGGCCCGGGCUUACCCGAAAGCCGGGCUUUGCAUUUUUUAUGCGGGCCUGGGCUGGGCUUCAGCCAUCGAGCCCGGGUCGGGUACGGGCUUGACAACGCCGGCCAUGGUGGGGUAUGUAUGCGAACAUAUUUCACAAGACUGGACAGCUUAAUUUUCGUGUCAGGUUGUUUUUUCUAUUGGGUAUGGGAUAUCAUGGUAUUCUGAUAACUAUCACUUUUCUAUAUGUGAUCAUGCUUAUUUCGUGUAAUGGGUCUGGAUUUCACACAUGCACUCAUACACAUUUGGGGACGAUUGGUGUGGCGGGCGCGCUGAGAGUCCGGCACAAGGAUUACUUAGGUUAGGGGUGGGGAUUUCGUUCCCGUGAAAGUCCGGCACGAGGGCCAGUUAGGUGUUCUGACAUAUUUCGUUCGCGUGAGAGUUCGAGAAAGGGGAACUAAUACCGGUGCAUGCGCAAUAGAGCGGAAAUGAGCCUCUCUUGAACCGCAAGGCACAUACAUACCGCCCACGCGCCGCUGUUUUCCCAAGCAAGGAAGCACCAAGCACAGAGCAGCUUGAUGGCAGAGAAACACAGCCACUCUGUUUGAGUGUGCCUCCUCACUCUUUACCAAUUAGCUGCGCCCUUUUCCUUGCUGCGCUGUGAUCUUUAGUAAAUCUAAAUACGCCUCCCGGCCUGGAGAACACAGAGCAGAGGCGGGCUGUUGACCGGGGCUGGAAAUCGAUAGAAGACGUUGGGCCCGGGCCGGGUGCGGGCCGUAGCAGCCAGGCCUGGGCUGGGCACGGGCCUGAAAAUUAGGCCCGUGCAGUGCUCUACAAGACGGGCUCAUUGUUUUUCUCUAAGCCACGUGGUGGGUUAUUUUUGCUGCAGAUAAUUCUCCUUACACCAAGUGGAACUGGACCAGUCUAGAACUACUAUGUUUUUACUCCAGAGCAAAACCGGAAUGGAACCGAAAUGAACACCAGAAUGAGGAUACGUUCCGGAUUUAACACCAGGUGAUUGAGAGGCAAUGCAGCAGCAACGUUGCUGCAAGUAACAGUUCGCCGACACGAUACGCUCAGAGGCAGUAAAGUUAUACGUGUUAUUUAACAAAAAAUUAAAAUAAAUUAGGCAUAGUGCGACGUCUCCCUACACUAGUAAAAGAAAAUGUAGUAGAAAAGAAAAGAAAGGAAAAGAAGGAAAAGAAAAUGUAGAAAAGAAAAAGUGAAAGAAAAUGGUUCUCCUAAACAGUAAGGAUAAACAUGUAUUUGUAUUAUGUUUGCUUGAAUAAUUCAUUACAACAAAUAAAUAAGAAUAAACAAUGAUGACCCGUUUUAUGAGUUGUCUGUAUGACAACUUAGGAGCAUGCACCAAGUGUGACUCUUGUUUUGGUCAGGGAAUUUGCUUGAAAUAAUUGGUGAAAACCUGAAGUAGUUUGGGGAAUUUGAAGGGUACAGUUGAUAGACACCCUGAGUAUCGCUGCUUCCUCUUUUUCUCUGCAGCAUCAUGAUGCAAUAAAAAGAGCGUGACCCUA